AUCUGGAGAAUUAUCAAUGAAAAAGCAUUAUUGUGAAAUAGCCAAUGAUUUAAUCCAAAAUGACGUCAUUGCGGCAAAGCUCGUGGUAUAAAAAAGCUAAAAGUAAUAAGAGCGCAGGCUCGAUUAUUGAUUUAACCGUGAGUAUUAUCUAGAGUCGAGGAUCACGCGCAUCCGCAGAUCGAUGUUGGUGCAGGUCGCGAUUGCGCAUUUUAAAAUUUCCAUACAUUCAUUAGUUGUUUCUGGUAAGGCAAAAACGUCCGUGGCACCGUCGUCGCAAACUCUUUUCAAUGUAAUGUGACCGGUGAGGCUCGUGGAUAUUUAAAUCGUAUUUAAUCGUAACCUUACUUCGAUAAUUCUCUACAAAUUCACCUAAUCAAUAAAAAAAAAAAAUAAAUAAAUAAUAAUUCCCAAAAACAAACAAUAAAAAACAGUGAUGGUGAUAUCCUAAGAAGUGAUUAAAAACGUUGUCUCAGUAUGGGAAAACCGACACCAGUGGAAGACCUGGUGAUCCCACCUCAAGAUGGUCGGAUAUGUGGCACCAUCUGCAUAUGUCAGAUGACAGCAGUCCUCUCAUCAGUGGCAUUAGUUUAUCUAACAGUAGCGAUUUAUAUGCCAAGCACCCGAGCUUUUUCCUCGGGAAUAUCUCCAGUUCCUGCGAUGUGCACCACAAUAAGAACCGUAAACGCGGACAAUUGUUCCUGGGGCAGCUGUGGUGAGUGGUGUCUCUCAAAAACAUCUGGCCCGUGCACCCAAAUUCACGUUAACUUGAGGAACAACGGCUCGACGAUUCUCCUUGGGAAUUGCACGAAUAUUACCAACAAAACGUGCUACGGUAUCGACCAGGAAAACGCUAAAAAGUCUAAAUGUAUCGCCGACGAGUGCCGGAACUUGACGGGAACUUUUAACUGCACCGCAGGGAUUUGCAUCAACAUUACCGACGCCUUCGAGUGCAAUUUCCGCGACACCGAUCCGCCUUUAAAGUGUUCAGGAAGACGAGGGAAGAUCACUUGUAUUGCAAUAGACGGUUUGUUUAAUUGCAACCGCGGAACUUGUGAAAGGAUUAGAACGCCUUACAAUUGCGACCGCCGGUGCGUUGACAUCCCAACCCGCAACAAGAACAUGAUCCUGAUCAGUGGAGAUAAAGUUUAUCUGAGCCAAUGUGAGCGUGCGAUUGAUGUCGAAAGCAGUAGAGAAAUUUGGAACGAAAAUCGGGGAGAUGUUUUGAUGGCUUCUUGCUACGGAAUUUACAACAGCAGCUCGGGGGUUGAAGCGGUGGACUGUAUAAAUGGCUCGGUGUUAGAAAAGACGAUGCUCACUGACCUUACUAACUUUACCUACUUGUCCUACUUAAGUUUGUACGCAUCUAAGCCGUUAGACGACCCGAAUUUUGCGCUCCCGCCGGAACAUACGUUGAUUAUCGCUAAUGAAAGCCGGCUGAUGAUUAAUCUUGAGGGGUGUGUUAAUACUCUUAGGGACGAGUGUAAGGAGUUUUUGCACGAGUUUGGAAAAGACGGAUCGGAUCACAACGCUCGGGCUAGGUUCCCUUGCUUCUUUGCUAAGGACAGGACGGAAAUAGUCGUCAGUAAAUUUGAUCUGGAAACCACUUGGAAAGAAUUCAUUGUUGCGUUGGUGUUUCCAAGUGUCCUGUUUGUUGUAAGUUGCUUGACAUUGAUCCUGUGCCAGAGGACUGUUGUCGUGGGCGACGACGCCAAAAUGCGGUUCAAGGGGAUUCCUAUUGCCAAGAGUGAGCUUGAUAAAAGUAUGUCAGGCAACUUGGCUGACGCUGGGGGAGGAGACUCUGUUAUGGCGCUCUGAGAUCCGUCACGCAUUCCCCUCUUGGAGGAGAGCCCGGCUCGCCAAUCGAUUUUCUCCCUACGCGGGCACUAUUGAAAGAGUGCAAGAGAGUGAGAGGGAGUGGGAGGGGAACGCGUGAUUCAAAUUAUCUUUAUUAAAAAAUCUAAUAUUGAAUUGAUAAACAAAGAAACAAAACAUGAAAUAAAUUAUUAUAAAUUUUUUAUUAAUCAGAUUUUAGUGCAGGAUAUUAUUUGCACUGCCAUAAAAUAUUAAUAAUUAUGAAAGAGGAUUUAAUAACAAAUAAAAAUAUAUCAAAAUAAAUAAAUGAUUAAAAUUUAAAAAUAAAAAAGGAAAAAAAUAAAUUUCGACCGAUUUAACAAAAAAUAUUUUGGAAAAGUUGCCACGUGUUCAGCGGAUGGAGAUUAACGAAAGGACGUGAAGGAUUUUUUAAAAAUAAAACGCUAAAUAGACACGCUUUCACGUCAAUGCAGCUGAGAGUUUAAAUUCUUUAUAAAUAACUAACAAUUUUCUCACGCAAAUAAUAUAUUUAAUAAAUAAAUAAAUAAAUAAAUAAAAUAUAAAUCGAUUAGACAAACACUGAACACACUGAUGGACUAGAUAGGAAAUAAUAAUAAUAAUAAUAAUCAUCGGUAUUAUUUAUUUUAGGACACUGAUAGUAUUUUUAUUGGCUUGUUAGUGGUUAGCGCGUGACUGGCAGGAGACCGACUCAAAUAAUUAAUUUUUACAUCAAGUAUUUUUAUAAAUAAAUAAUUGUAGUUGUAUUUUUACUUUUAAAUAAUUUAUUGAUUAUUUAUUUAUUUUCAAUGAUAUUUGUUUUUUAUCGGAUAAAAUAAAAUAAAUAAAUUACAGACCCGCGACGGCUGAUAAAUAUUUAGGAGGGGUUACGAGCAAUAAGUCGCGGUCGACGAAAAAAAAGAGCAAGUGUGAGUCAAGGACGAAAGCUGGAGAAGCUAAAUAAAUUGAAACG